CUGGCCACUGCAUCUGCCGCUCUAGACCUGGAAUUAAGAGGAGGACUCCGGCCCAUAAAAUGACAGAAGAUAAGGUCACCGGGACCUUGGUUUUGGCUGUCUUCACUGCUGUGCUAAGUUCCUUCCAGUUUGGAUAUGACAUUGGAGUGAUCAAUGCACCUCAACAGGUAAUUAUAACCCACUAUAGACAUGUUCUGGGUAUUUCACUGGAUGACCGAAAAGCUAUCAACAACUAUGCUCUCAACAGUACAGAGGAAUUGCCCGCAAGCCCAGGAGAUCCAACACCAGGCUCUAGGACUGAGGAAGAGACUAUGACAUCAGCUAGCCUCAUCACCAUGUUCUGGUCCCUGUCUGUGUCCAGCUUUGCAGUUGGUGGAAUGAUUGCAUCGUUCUUUGGAGGGCUUCUUGGGGACAAGCUUGGAAGAAUCAAAGCCCUGUUGGUAGCAAACAUUCUUUCGUUAGUUGGAGCUCUCUUGAUGGGGUUUUCGAAACUGGGACCAUCUCACAUUCUUAUAAUUUCAGGAAGAGGCAUAUCAGGACUCUACUGUGGGCUAAUUUCGGGCUUGGUUCCAAUGUACAUUGGUGAAAUUGCUCCAACCACACUCAGGGGUGCUAUUGGUGCUCUUCAUCAGCUGGCCGUUGUCACGGGCAUCCUUAUUAGUCAGAUCGUUGGCCUUGACUUUAUCCUGGGCAAUCACGAGCUAUGGCACAUCCUGCUUGGUUUGUCUGCCGUGCCAGCCAUUCUCCAAUGUCUGCUGCUCUUCUUCUGUCCAGAAAGCCCCAGAUACCUUUACAUCAAGCUGGAUGAGGAAGCCAAAGCAAAGAAAAGCUUGAAAAGACUCAGAGGAAGUGAUGAUGUCACCAAUGACAUCACUGAGAUGAGAAAAGAGAGGGAAGAAGGAUCAAAUGAAAAGAAGGUCUCCAUAAUUCAGCUCUUCACCAGUUCCAGCUACCGACAGCCUAUUCUAGUGGCACUGAUGCUGCAUGUGGCUCAGCAAUUCUCUGGAAUCAAUGCGAUAUUUUACUAUUCAACCAGCAUUUUCCAGACAGCUGGAAUCAGCCAACCUGUUUAUGCAACCAUUGGAGUUGGUGCUGUCAACACAGUUUUCACUGCUGUCUCUGUGUUCCUUGUGGAGAAGGCAGGGCGACGCUCCCUGUUCCUAACUGGAAUGAGUGGAAUGUUUGUUUGCGCCAUCUUCAUGUCGGUGGGACUUGUGCUCCUGAAUAAAUUGCCUUGGAUGAGUUACGUGAGCAUGACAGCCAUCUUCCUCUUUGUCUCCUUUUUUGAAAUUGGGCCAGGCCCCAUCCCCUGGUUCAUGGUGGCGGAGUUUUUCAGUCAAGGACCACGCCCUGCUGCUUUAGCAAUAGCUGCGUUCAGCAAUUGGACAGGCAAUUUCAUUAUAGCCCUGUGUUUCCAGUACAUUGUGGACUUCUGUGGACCUUAUGUGUUUUUCCUUUUUGCUGGUCUGGUCUUGGCCUUUACUCUGUUUACAUAUUUUAAAGUUCCAGAAACCAAAGGAAAAUCCUUUGAGGAAAUUGCAGCAGAGUUCCGAAAGAAGAGGGGUUCAGCUGAAACGCCAAAACCUGCUGUAGAAAUGGAAUUCCUCGGACCUACAGAAAACAUUUAAAGAUAACCUGCUUUUUGACAUGAGCAAUAACAGGAAGAAAGCAGUGUUUUUUUUAAUGACAUUUUUUUGAGAAUUUUAUAUCUGUAUCUUGAAAUACUGUGUUAUUUUUUAUAGAGACUUUAUAGGCUCUGAUCAGAAGUAUCAUCAAAUAUUACAAAAAAGUAUUUUUUCUUUUAACUUAGAGACUCUAUGUUGGGUGGUAAGACUAUAAGAAAACCAAAAAAUCUAGCUCAUUUUGUUACACUAACUGGUAAGUACAUUUAGUACCAAAAAAAAUUUUUUUUGUUACUUUGAAGACCAAAUGGUUUUUGUGAAAUUAAACACUAAAAAGCAUGGUCAUUUAGCAUGGGUUAUCAGUUAAUAAUAACAACUAUCACAAACUUGUGCUAAUUCCUUACUGGCUCAAUCCCUUGAGCUAUAUUUUGUUUUGCUUUUUUAUUGACCACAGUCUGGUUUUCUGAGUUGUGUUAUAAAAUACAGUCAAACAGUGAUAAAUCAAACAUUUGUUUAUCUCCUCAAACUUCAAAUAAGAUAUAGCAGUCUAACAUAAGAAAUUGGAAGUAAAAGAUUGCUCUGUUUGUUAAAAAAUAUUUUCUGAACUAUUAUGUUUUAAAAUAGGUUGAAAAGGUAGGGUUGGAAGAUCCUGAGGGUGUCCUCCUGAAAAUUCAAAAACAUUGAAUUUCAGCCUUGAUCAAAAUCCUUAUUUAAUUUUCCUGGAAAGACUGAGUUCCCAAACACAAAGCAAUCAUUCUUUUUGGUGUUUCCUUUUUUGCCUUGGCAGUAUAUGGAGCUAUCUAAGCUAUUCUGUUACGAUUGCGAACAUUUAUUGUACACAAACACUAAGUGCUUUUACCUAUGUAGACAAAUUGGAACUACACAGAUGAUUAAACAGACUUUCACUUAGUCAAUUUUGCAACUAUGGAAAUACAGUUCUGAAGGAUACCAAAGGCUUAGCAGGGAGCUGAAAUAUCUCCAGGCUCUUCCUCACAAAGUAGAACACUGAAUCAAUCCUCUUUACAUUGGCUUUAAUGUAUGGAAGAGAAAGGCACUUCUUAAAAAGUUCUUUCUAAGAGUGGGAAAAAAAUACUGAACACUUAAGGGUUUUUUUUUUUUUUUCCUUUGACCAAAGUUGUUUACCUUUAUGUAACUUGACAUUCCAAGCAACAUGAAAUUAUUUCUUCUCACUUUGAUUUUUGUUUCUUCUUGGCCAAUUUGGGAUCAACUAUCUUCCCUUAGCUGUUACAGGACACAAAGUGAGCUUAAAUAGUUUGGUAGACCUUUUUUUCUAAACUGUGAACUCAGUUAAAAUUAAAAAAAGUAGGGACUUGGAGUCGGGCAGAAGCAGGAAAAUGCCUCAUCCCGUGGCUCCUGUCUUCUUCAGGAUGCUGGUGGCUUUUGAGAAGCCCAAAGUUGCACCAGUAAAGAAAUUUAACAUAUGUAUAGGUGAUGGAUGUGAUUUAUUCGAAUCACUAUUCCUGAUCUCAUGUAGAAUAAAGUAGUAAGUGUUUAGGACUUCCCUGAUGACUCAGUGGUAAAGAAUCUGCCUGCCAAUGCAGGAGAUGCUGGUUUAAUCCCCUAGUCAGGAAGAUCCCCUAGAGAAAGAAAUAGCUACCCCUCCAGUUUUCUUGCCUAGAGAACCCCAUGGACAGAGGAGCCUGAUUGGCUAUAGUCCGUGGGGUCGCAAAGAGUCAGACACGACUUAGUGACUGAAAAACAACAAAUUAGAGUUUAUAUAAAGAACGCACAAGACCCCUUUUAAAUUUUGAUUAAUUUUUCUGACUGACCACAAAUACUCAAAAUUCAGACCCUGAAGUUUUCUGCCUCAGAGAAAUAUAAAUAGCAUAUAUUGUUUCCCUUUCAUAAUUUUUUCCUUGCAAAGAUACAAGUGAGUUGAAAAGAAACAUUCAGAUGAAAUAAGCGGUUAAAGCUUCAUACUGAAACAAAGGAACUAGCUUAACAUAAUAAAAACUCCUAGGUUCUCAGCAAUAUUCAUCAUAAUAUAUAAUAAAGUUGGCACUAAUUAAUUAGAUUUAAUCCCAGGGAAAUUAGAUGUGAGUUUGAAUGCUUAAUUUUCAUAGUACACUAUCAUUUUUGUGGAGUCGUUUUCAUAGUCGAACAUCUUUACAAAUGCGAUCUUCUCUUAACUUGCUCGGAGCAUGAUCCGGUCCUUCAUCUGCCACAUCUACUAUUGUCCACUGUCCUGACACCAAAGCAGGGCUCUCCUCUUAGUUCCUCUUCCCCACUCCCUUCUACAGGGUUAGCACCGUCAUGCACGCUGAGACACAGUAAGAGAAUGCCUCGCCUCAAGGAGCUCAGUCUGUUGAGGAGUUCAGGAAAAUCAUCUGCAUUUCUUGCCUUCUAUCACCUCAAUGUAAAGGACUUUGUAAAUAAAAUGCACUCAAUAAUAUACCUACCUCAGAGAGCUGUGAGGAUUAAACAUAAAGUACUAAGCAGAGUGCCUGGUACAAAGAGGGCACUCAACAAAUGUUACCUAAAGUUAGUAUUCAUGACAAUACUGUUAGGACGCAGAACUAUCACAUAUAAGAUAGUUUCAAUAUUUUUCUUUUGAAUAAAAAAAUUUUUAUAAAUGCAAUAUUUUCUUACUUCCAGCAACAAUCCCACAAUGACAAGGGAAUUGUAAGAAUGAGGAGGAAUAUUAGGCUGUCUAAUACUUAAACCCAUACUUGAUAUUUCUAAGUAGGGUAUAAGAGUUUUUCUUGUAUUUUUUAAAUUUGCUUUUGCCUAAGUUAUUUUUAAGAGGUCUAUAUGUAGUAUUAUUUCUUUGGAUAAAGCUAAAUACAAAAUAAAAUGCUAAGUAUCAUAUAUAAAUGUAACAACAGGAUUAAAUCACAGGACAAGGCCAAGCCUUCUUGAUAAGAUGCAAAAACUGCAAAAAUGAGAACUUCUCUGGUGGUCCAGGGGCUGACUCCGUGCUCGCAGUGCAGGGGCCUGGGUUCCAUCCCUAGGAAUGAGGGAACUAGAUCCCACAUGCCGAAACUAAAAGAUUCUGUGUCCCGCAAUGAAGAUCAAAGAUUCUGUGUGCUACAGCGAAGAUCUGGCACAGUCAAAUAAAUAUGGAAAUAAAAUUAAAAACAUUUAAAAUAUUAGAUUACCUAAAAAGGUGUAAAAAUAAUUACUAAAGUGUAUAAACUAGUGUACAUAAAUAUUUGUUGCUAGCUUAUUAUUGUAUACAUAGCAAACAAAGCAAUGUUGGGCAGUAUCUUGUGCUUACAGUGUCCUAAGGAAAGGUGUUGAGUAAAGUGUGAAAAAAUAUAAUUUUUCAUUACAAUUGUGUAUUAGUGAUCUGAGGAGAAAGGGUUUACUGCCAAUCACUCUUGAGCCAUCUGCUGGUGCUUUUACCGCUUUCUAGUUGGGUGCACGUUAGAAAGAAUCAUCAUGAAAAUGCACUGGUUUUAGUUAUGAGUGUAUAUACACUGCAGUUUGAUGUCAAUAAAUAUAUUUCCAAUA